AUGGUGUAUCAGGUGUUCUCCAUCGUGGUGUUCGGCUCCAUUGUCAAUGAAGGGUACGUGAACCGCCUGGACGAGACACAAGAGCACUGCAUUUUCAACCGCAAUCGCAAUGCCUGCAACUAUGGCAUUACCGUGGGUGUCCUCGCCUUCCUCAGCUGCCUUCUUUACCUGGCUCUAGAUGCCUACUUCCCGCAGAUCAGCAGCGUCAAGGACCGCAAGAAGGCAGUGCUCUCGGACAUCGGAGUCUCGGCCUUUUGGGCGUUCCUGUGGUUCGUUGGCUUCUGCUUUCUGACCAACCAGUGGCAAGCUUCAAAAGAAGAGGACAACCCAAUGAAUGAGGGAGGGGAUGCAGCCCGAGCAGCCAUCACGUUCUCGUUCUUCUCCAUUUUUACCUGGGGCUUUCUCACAUUUCUGGCUUUCCGGAGACUCAGAGACAUUACUUUUCAGGAAGAAUACAACACCCUGUUCCCUAACUCCCCAUCCUUGCUGAAUGAGGAGGAUGCUACAGACGCGGUGGGGACGUACCAGCAGCCCCCUCCGGCAGAUGCUUUUGACACCGAGACACAGGGGUACCAAACGCAGAACUACUGAGCCACCGAUGCUCCCUUCCCUUCCCCCUUCCCUUCUGCCCCCUUUCCCACUGCCGGCAGAAAGCCGAGGCACAAACCAGACACGUGCGUAGUGGCACAAGAGGUGGCUCUCAGCUAUGCUCCAGCCUUCUGGGUCAUCUGUUUUUAUUUAUCGUUUUUAAAAAA